ACGAAUGAAUCCAUUCAAACCGACCCCAACGGCGGCCGAACGCUAGUGCUGAUAAUAUGCUUUCCAGCGCGCCAAUCAGCCCGUGCCGACCCCAAUGCUAAUAUCUGUUAUAGCACUAAACGGGGGCGGACUUGUCGGUCUGUCAGCCGUCACGGUAGCUUAAGCCUCAAGACUAUAUUUAGUGGGGGCUGAUGCGAUCCUGGUCUGUUCCCAUGGAUAAGGUUGAAGUGAAUAAAUAGUAUCUAUUCCGCUGGAUUAUCUCUCAACUAGAGUAGCUUUCACUUCUUGACAUCCGUAAUCCAUACUACACAAUGAGGCCAACCUCAUUGCCGCUGGCCAUCGCCAGCCUGCUCCUGCUGGCCCCCACCGUCUUCUCGUCCCCGGUGGUUCAUCCUCUCGAGACUCGGGCCCACAACAACACCGACAAUGCAGAGGAGAAGCCCUUCGGUUUGCGGACGAUGCCCCUCGGCGCGUCCAUCACCUUUGGCUUAAAGUCCACCGACAAGAAUGGCUACCGCGGCUGGCUGCGCAAGCAGAUGCGCUUUGCGGGGUGGGACGUUAACAUGGUGGGCAGUGUUAAGUCUGGGGAGAUGGAGGAUAAUGACAAUGAAGGACACUCCGGGUUCGUCGUCGAGCAGGUCGCGAAGGAGGCGGAGAAGACGAUUCCUCAAGCGCCGAAUCUGAUUCUGAUCAACGUCGGAACCAACGACGCCAUCCAAGACAAAGACGUCGACACCAUCCACAAACGCAUGAACGCCAUGCUCGACCGCCUGUUCACCAUCCCAGACACAACAAUCAUCCUGUCCACCCUCCUCCCCAACGGCGUGGACGGCGUGCAGCCGCGCGUGGACCGCAUCAACACGCAGUACCGCGAUAUCGUGCGCAGGCGCAGACAGGAAUACCAGCGGAUCGUGCUCGCUGAGAUGAGCCAGUUCAUCAAGCUGUCUGAUCUUGUUGAUGACAAGACCCACCCUAAUGAUGGCGGGUAUAAGAAGAUGGCGGCCGUGUGGUGGGCUGCUAUCGAGCAGGCUGAGAAGGAGAGCCUGCUGAGGGCGCCCAAGGAGGUGAAGAAGGGUGGGGAGUGCGAGGAGCGUGGCCGUGGCGAUGGUGGGGAUGAUGAGAAAGAUACGGGCCGUGUCCUCCGCAUUGGGUCGACGCCUCAUCCGGAUGAAGCCUAUUCUGGGGUUCGCUUUGCGAAUCUUGUGAAGAAGGGUGAGAAGUCGUCUGUGGAUGAGCUCGUCUGGGCGCGUGACGGUGAGAGCAUGCUUAUGUUUGGGAAUGAUGGGAAGGGCAAGUUUGGGAAGGCUGUUGAGAUUGGGGUGAAGGAGGGGUGUUUGGCCAGUGACAUCCGAUGGGCCGAUUUUAACAACGACGGCUUAGAUGACUUCAUCUGCAUCGCUCACAGCGGCGGCGUGUCCGUCUCCAUCAACAAAGGCGGCAACCCGCCCACGUUCGAGUCCAUCGGCCACGUGCGUCCCGGCCUCGACGGUAUCCUGGGACAGGAGGAUGUGCGUCUGGGGGAUAUCGACGGGGACGGUCGUGUUGACUACUGCCUCGUCGCCAACAACGAGCUCUACUGCUGGCGCAAUGGCGGACAGCGCAAGACCCGUACCACCAAGCCCCAGGUCUCCUGGCAGUUCAUGGGCCUGGUCUUCCAAGGCAAGGACAGCAAGCACGACCUCGCCGACGUGCAGCUCGUCGACAUCGACGGCGAUAACCGGUCUGAUUUGGUCUGGGUCGACGAUAAGGGCAAGGUCACGGCGCUCAUCAACACACCCGCCAGCGGGGGAGGCAGCACGGUGCCGGAGUUCAAAGACGCCGGUGCUGUGUUCGGCGAUGUGAAGACCAACAAGGGCGAUAAGGACCGCGUCCGGUUUGGAAGUGUUUAUCCCGACGGUGGGAGCGAUUAUGCUGUUGUGGAGUCUGAGAAGAGUGGUGAAAAGUGGGAUCACUACUUGCGGGUUUGGAAGAAUCCCGUGGACGUGCACCAGCUUGAUCCUCGCUUUGUGAUCGUACAUACCUCGGAGUCGGAGUCGGAGUCGGAGUCGGAGUCGUCCAACACCUGUCCUGUAGAUGACAAGGCAGCGAAAGACGACGGGGACGUCUCGGUGAAUCCUCGCUUGCCUGUUUAUGCUCACACGUCCUCGGGUGAGCGUGGUAUGUAGAUUGGGUUAUAUUUAAUAUUUGUGAUAGAUUUGUUGGUGGUUGGCUGGAUGUGUGGCUGACGCGACAGUUGUUGGCAUUUCAUGUCUUUUCUUUUUAAUUGGUAUCUUUA